AUGAGUUCCAACGAAGUCAACAUCGAAAAAAAUGAAGUUGCGAUCAAGUACGUCGAUGACGGAUUUGUAGCGACGGACCCAAUCCAAACGCUCAAAGAGAAGAAGUUACAAAAUGGCCUGCUUCUCAAAGUCGAUAUCAUUCUAGUUGGGAUGAUAUCUCUAAUCAUGCUCGUGAACCAAUGGGAUCGAGGAAACAUUGGAAAUGCCCGCCUCAUGGGCCUACAAUCUGAUCUCCACAUCACGAACGGCCAAUUUUACAACGUUCUUUCUUUGUAUUACGUUGGCUAUAUGCUCUUUAUUAUCCCUGCCUACCUUACCGUUCGUUCCUUCAAAGCGAAUCGACAGAUCGGAGGCUGUGUUAUCCUAUUUGCAACAUUUUCGUGCUGUACGGCAGCAGCCAAAAACGCCGCUACGGUCCUUGCACUUCGAGUACUGAUUGGAGCCGCUACUGCCUUCCUUCAAUCCCUAAGCUUAUACACGAGUCUUUGGUAUAAAAGAGAUGAGGUGGCAACUCGCUCUGGGCUCUUUUACUCUGCUUCAACCAUCGCCGGAGGCUUCAGUGGCCUUAUUGCAUAUGCCAUACAACAGAAUCUGGACGGAUCCUUGGGAUACGCAGCAUGGCAGUGGUUAUUCAUCAUCCAAGGCUGUGUUGGUAUCUUUGUCGGCAUAUGCUCCUGGAUAUUGCUACCUAAUCCUCCGGAUCAAAUUCAGGGCAAGAAACAUUGGUUAUUUUCUCAAGAGGAAAUUGAACUCGCUGUAGAGCGUCUCAAGACUUAUAACACGGUCGGAGCCGGAUUCGAUUGGGUGCAGGUGCUAGUUGCCUUUAAAGAUCCCAAGUUAUACCUUUUCUCGUUGAUCAACAUCGGGAUAUCUCUGUCCCUCUCGUCUAUAAGCUCAUUUUUGCCGACAUUUAUCAAUGACUUUAACUACUCGCCUGUUCAAACACAGCUCUUUUCCAUCAUCCCGUACGCGUGUGCCUUCGUCACCCUUCUCGUCCUCAAUAUUGCCUCCGAUCGGUUGAACAUAAAAGCGCCAUUUUUGAUGCUGUGCCACACAAUCUGCAUCGUGGGUUACAUUAUCCUAAUGCUGGUAACCAAUGAUAAAGUCAAGCUAUUUGGCACUUGCCUUAUAACUACUGGAGUCUUUCCGUCUUUCACCAUAGUUGGCGCCUGGACAGGGAUUAACAUUGGUGGAUUUACCAAGCGGGCAAUUACUUGGGCCGUCACCCAAGUGGUUGGACAGUGCUUUUCCAUCAUGGCAUCUCACAUCUACACGGAUCCUCCUCGCUACCUCAAAGGCCACAGCAUUUGUUUGGCAUUUCAAGUUGUGGCAUUGCUUUCGACUUGCGUUGUGUGGUUUUGGAUGCGACGUCUUAACGAGAAGAAAGAUCAAGAGGCGGAGCACCAUCGCACAGCUGGAACUAUUGACCCACAGUCUUCUCUGUCGCUUGAGGAAGCAUACGACUACCACCCCAACUUUCGCUAUAUCUUGUGA